AUGUGGCUCUUUACCCUUCUAGCCGUCCUGUUAGGAUGUGCCCAGGUACAGGCCAAGGCAGUAUUUGCUCAUUUUAUGGUGGAAAAUGCCAAACUCUGGAGCGUGGACCAAUGGAAGGUCGAUAUCAGGCUGGCUCAAGCUGCCCACAUCGACGGGUUUGCUCUGAACAUUCGAGCUGAUGAUACCACUCUCGGCGUAUCUCUAUCCAGGGCCUUUGAGGCGGCCGACGACUUGGGGUUCAAGAUGAUUUUCUCGUUCGAUUACGCGGGCGGAGGCCCCUGGGGCUCCAACCUCGUAGUCUCCAUGAUCUUGCUCUAUUCCGGCUACAAUUCGUAUUAUAUUGACAAACAAGGACGGCCUGUCGUGUCUACCUUUGAAGGGCCGGCUCAAGCUGGGGGCUGGGAGUACAUCAUCAAGAAGACCAACGCUGCCUUUAUCCCCGACUGGUCGUCACUCGGGGCUAAGGCGGCGCUCGAAGCUGCCCCUUGUGUCCCGCACGGUCUCUUCAGCUGGGCGCCGUGGCCAUGGGGUAACACGGACGGCAACACAUACGUGGAUGCUUCGUACAUGGAGUUCAUGGAGGCGGCCGAGAAGAACUGCGACAUGGACAUGCAAUAUAUGAUGCCAGCAAGCCCUUGGUUUUACACCAAUCUCCCGGGCUACAACAAGAAUUGGUUGUGGAGGGGCGACGACCUGUGGUUUGACCGCUGGGAGCAGAUCCGGUUCAUGAACCCCGACUACGUCGAGAUCAUCUCUUGGAACGAUUACGGCGAGUCCCACCACAUCGGUCCCUUGUACGUCGAGGGCGACAGCUACGAGGCCUUUACAGUCGGGAAAGCGCCCUUCAACUACGCCUUGGACAUGCCCCACGACGGCUGGCGCGAGCUGCUGCCCUUCACCAUCGACCUCUACAAAACCGGCGUGGCCACGAUCAAACAGGAGAAGCUCGUGGCCUGGUACCGCGUUACCGCCAAGAACGCGGCGUGCGACGACGGAUGGACCACGGGCAACACGGCGAGCCAACUGCAGCUUGAGUUUACACCCCAGGACGUGGUACAGGACAAGAUCUUUUACUCGGCCCUCCUUGCCAGCAGCCAGCCCGUCACGGUCACCGUCGGCGGCGUGAACGUCGGCGCUACGUGGACAAAGACGCCCAGCGGCGGCGCCGGCAUCUACCACGGCAGCGUCGACUUUGGGGGCAACACAGGCGCUGUCGUCGUCACGGUCGGAUCCAUGACGGUCAACAAGCGGCCCAUUACGGCGAACUGUGACGACACGAACGGAUACACGAACUGGAACGCCUUUGUAGCGAGCACCACGGGAGCGGCGGUUAGUGCCACGGUCAACUCGACGCAUACGGAUACUGCCCCCGUCGGCGCCUGCCUCUGCACCAAGAUGGGGCCCGGCAACAAGCUCCCCGGCCCCGAAACCCCCGGGUUCGGCACCGUGGGAUUCCCGGCCAAGGGCAGAUCGGCCAGCUACGGCGGCCUGUGCAGCUUCGCCUGCAACUACGGCUACGACUGCCCCAACGCCUACUGCGACACGGUCGAGCAUGAGCUUGUCAUCCCCAACGUGUCGCCCUUCACCCCGGACGCAUGUACCUCGGGAGUCGGCGAGGGCGGCCUCGGCGGCCUCUGUGGCUUCUCGUGCAACUUUGGCUUCUGCCCUAUCCACUCGUGCACCUGCACGUCGACGGGGGCCCUACACGUCCCCCCUGGCCCGAGCAACACCAUUACCGGCAAGGCAGACCCGAGCGUCGACGAACGCAUCUACGGGCCCCUCUGCGAGUUCGCCUGCAGCCGCGGCUACUGCCCCGAGGGCGUUUGCGUCCAGUCCGGCGUCGACGAUGGGAACCCUUUCAAGAACGUUAAUCCCGCUUACCUUGGCCCCCAGGUCUACGAGACCCCGACGGCGGCCUGCGAGAGCCCUUGUGUGCUCGUCCUGCCCCCGAGCAAGCUCCCAGCCACCACGACGUUCCGCCUCCCGCCGUAUCCCACCUCGUUCCAGGUCGGGUCGACGACCACGACUGUCACGCUCUACCCCGCCGACAUCGUGACCGACCAGGUCUCCUUCUCCAACAUCAACAUCACUGGCGCUGUGACGGACGGGGCUGUCUUCCCCAGAUGUACGAGCUUGAAGCCCGAAGCCAUCCCCGUCACUCUCACCUACGUAUCCAAUGCCAAAACGACGGUUACCGUGCGCCAGGUCGAGCUGCCGCCGUGGCCCCAAAUUACCCAAGGGCCGCCAGACCAGUGGACGUCGACAUGCGGCGGCUGGGUAACGGGCACCAUUACCAACACCAACGACGACGACACCGACGGCGUUAUCCCUUGGAUCCCGCCGCCCACCACCACUACAACGACACCAUGGCCGACUUAUACUGGGAGCUUCCCGCCUGCUAUUGUCGAGCCUAUCGUCGAGCCCCUUGGCGCACAGUGCCACAAUAACCGCUGCCUACCCGAGGAAGAAGACGACGACAACAAGCACAGCAACCAUGUGGUCAUUAAAGUGAAGUGUGACGAGCUGUGGUUCUUCAUCUUCUGCAUCGACACCGAGCAUAUCAAGGUCUUUGGUUGGAAGUUCACGUUCCCCAAAGCCGUUAUUGGACCGGGUCCGCCGCCGGGACUUGAAAACCUCCCAGAGGGUUGGAAAUUCAUCGACUUCCCCGAUUUCCCUCCCUGGCCCAAAAUUACUAUUGGACCGGAUCUUACCUACCCGGACAAGCCUACCGACUGCGACAAUAACAAACUGGAGGUUCCGGUGGAGAUGUACACGAAAUCAUACGGCCUCUCCGUUUCCAACGGCGCCACGGUCACGACGACAACCAAGACUAUCACCGAGACGGCCUACGAAACCGGCUGCCCCAUCCCAGAAUACACAACUACGGCCGCCUGCGGACUCGGAAACGGCAAAAUCAAGCGACAGACGACCCUUUCCGACCUAUCCCUUCCGGUUGCGACUGCGGCACCGGCCACUACCGGCCACUCCCCGGCUCUUGUCGCCCGUUCCGAUGACGAUGAUGACUCUGAUUGGGUGAAUGAUCUGGGCGACAGUUGCGAGGAGAAGUACGGCGCGGCGAUUUACUUCAAGGAGGAAGCUCGCGCUAGCGACAUUGAGUUGGUCGAAAUCCGAAUCUUGAUGACCAAAUUAGAACACCAUCAUUUCAAGCACGACCGUCUCGGAACCAUCUUUAUUUAUGUCCGGAAAGCUCCAAUCUCCUUUUUGAACAAGAUCGGCAAUAUGGAUGGGGUCGACCUAGAGUCUAUGACAAAGUGGAAGGAGAUGAAUUUCCUGAAAGAGAGAAGCUGGAGAGCUAUAUCCGGGCCGACUUUCAAUGCGACCAAUUUGCGCAAGAGAGAUUUUGCCAACCCGUUUUAUGACGAUAUAGAAAACUGGCACCGCUCGAUGGUCUCGAGCUACCCGGGUCAGCAAUGGAGGCUCCAGGGCGAUGGCCAUAAUAUGGUAUAUUACCAUGAUGGCAUCUUAGGCGAAGGGCAGUACAUUUACAACUUUGAUGAAGGCGUUUAUCGGUAUGAUAAUGAUCUUGAUCCCGACAGGGUUCUAGAGUUUGAUUGCGAACACAGUAUCAACAACGGUGUGAGCUCCGCUGAUUACAGUCAUGGUACACGUGUUGCUGAAUAUGCUAUUGGCCAAUCCCUUGGGAUUGCUCCUGGGGCAACCUUUCUUGUUAUGGAUGAUCCGCUAACUAUGAAUUCGGAUUUGGCCGGCGGCCUUGAGACCAAUCUGAUUCGCGUACUGGCCAUGAUCAAGGACAUUGAGCACACAGGAAGGCAAGGGAAGUGCGUUAUAAACAUAUCAAUAUCGGAGGUUGUUCCGGAGGGGAUGACCGAUAGGUGGAUGCCUCUAUUGAGAAUGAUGCUUCGCUACCUGGAAACCAACCUCCAAUGCGUUGUGGUCCACGCUGCCGGAAACCUGGACUUCGAUCACCCUCAGAGAUACGCAAACGAAGCAGUCCCGGCACGGUGGGUUCUCGACAACAGCCUCCUCGACACGAUAGUGGUCGGAUUUGCCUCCAAGCAUGGUUUACGUGCCACGCAUAGCCUCCCGUGGAAUAUCAAUGGACGGGCUAAAGACACAUCAAUGAUCUUCGCUCCCGGUUUGCAGCUGUACGACAAGACAGGAGAUCCUUUUGAUGGUGGAAGUUCUAUGGCUGCCCCUAUGGUAGCAGCCCUGGUCGCAUAUCUCCGCGCGCUUCCCUCGCCUUUCGCCGAGGAUUUGAAAAAUCCGGUGUUUGCAGGGAAGAUGGUAAAAUAUUUGACACGCAAAGUUAAUGUGAUUGAUGAUCUCAUGAUAUAUUACCCGAAUAUUGAAGUUAUGGGGAAUCCUCGCAGAAUCAUCUGGAACGGCAACGUCGGGGUCGAGAACUGCCUCGUUGGCUACCAUACUGGGUUCCAGUCUGCCGAGGCUCAGGCCGUUUGUAGGGUGGUAAACGAGGGCAUACCCGAGCCAGGUAACACGAACAAUUGGACCCCUGAUACCACACAUAUCGACAACAACUUUCCACUCAACCCAGGCUCUAGCAACGGCGGCGCUGUAACCUGGCACUCGGGCUCGGUAUCGCCGACCUGCACCGCCAACUGUGGCACACUGUGCACUGGCUAUUAUUGCGUACCCCAACCUACCGGUAGCCCGCCAGACUUCUCUGACCCCGUCAACGCGGUCGUGACCAAAACAACCUCUACGACGGCCAAGGCCACAACAACCAAGGCCACAACGACCAUGGCCACCACAACCAAGGCUACGCCGACAACCACCGUGCAGCCGCUUACGCGAGGUCCUAUUCACUGUCACAACGAAGCCGACUACCCGAAACACGAUGACAUCAAUUCCAAAGACCAGAAAAAAUUUUCGGAGGAUUUUAUGGACGCUAAAUGGGACACGAUCGGACCGAACGAUAAGCCAUUGAUGCAGUUUGGCUUCGACAACUACGGCGUUGAGUACGUCUACCGCGCCGAAUGGGUUGAGGGGUGCGUUACGACGGUCUCGAAGCAGAACUUCCAUUACCCACUGGGCGAGUCGAGCGAGGUCACAGCUUAUACGCUCGUGAGAGACAAUUAUGUCCUUUGCAAUAACGGCGGUACCGGUGGCUGGACACAGGCUGGCUGUUUGAAGUACACCUUUUAUUGUGGCUCAUGGUCCACCUGA